CUCAUUCAACCUUCGGAUUUCGCUGCUCUCGCGAUUUACUUCGCUUUUCAUCUCACGAACCCUCCGCAAGCUUAAAUACACCCGUUACCUUAUGACGCCUGAAACGCUUAUAGAAUCUUCUUUUUGGGAAUUGGAAGAGGUUUCUUGAAAGUUAAAUCGUAUCGUGAUUAGAUGCAUAUGAGUCUUCAGAUUUAUUGUGUGACUUGAAAUCUUCCAUUUUCUCCCAGGCCGUUAAUGGUAGAGUGCAUAAACAUUGAGAGACCUUCAUUUUCAUCAACGAGCUUAAGCUGUGUGAUUGUAUCGACUUGUGGUUUGAGUGUGAGAUAUUUCUUAAAUCAGUGGUGAGUGUAACAGAGACUGCAAAUAGACAAAGAUAAAGCAAUUAGAAGCUUAAAUAGCUGUGGUGCUGACUGACAACUUCAAAAUGACAUCUAAAGUACUAAUGAAACUACCAACGGUGCCCUUCCCUCAAGGGAAGAAGACACCAUCUGACUUGGUUUCCUUGAGUGAGAGAAAUGAUGGACACACACAAGUCAGGCAUCAAGGACUGAAUAUAGACCGAGCGACUCAGCUUGAGCAAAAUAUGAAGUUUCUACAGGAGCAACAUCAGGCAACUUUGAUCGCCUUACAUCAGGAAGUGGAAGCCUUACGCCAGAGAAACAGAGAUUUACAAUUUCAAUUGGUAUUUUCCAAAAGAGCACACUGUGUGCCUAGCAGUCCUUCUUCACCUGAAGAUAAUGGAAAUGGGUUUGCGAAAUCAAAGGGUAGCCCAAUAUGUGUCAAUGUAACACCUCUGCAAGUGGAGCUCUUGGAGAAAGAUUUACAGGACAUCAAAGCGUCAUUGCAGGAGGCAAAAACACAUAAUCAGUAUUUGUCAAAUAUUAUAGAACAGCAGAAAAAGAGAUUAGACAUGACUGAGGAACAAAAGGGUAAACUCGAGGUGGCAGACGUAGGGAUUCAAGUCGGCGAUCCGGUACAAGCGAGCUUGGUCGUACUCUUGGAAGAAUCUUACGCGAUGGUGAAACGGUUACACAGAGAAAAUCUGGAUCAAAAGAAGGAGAUAGCCUCGUUGAGGGCAGCUUCCUCGGCAAAUAACGGCGGUCCUAGCAGAGGCGGACGUUCUCGCGACAACGGUAACAACAGUCAUCACAGCCGUGGCUCGCCCACGAGUUCGACGCAGGAACAGAGUUCUCGUAAAUUUCCGCCGUUACCAAUACCGAGCUACUGGCAUCGCAGAUCACCGAGGUACAGCACGAGUCGGCAAGAAAAGCAGGAUCAUCAGGCGGACGCGGACGCGACCGUCUUGCCGCAACUCCAGAACGGCAGCGUGAAGUCGGAAGGGGCCAGCUGCGCCGAGUCGCAGUCGUACCGAUCGUGCGAGUACCGCAAUUAUUCUCGCGACGGUGGCAAUCGCAAGUACAGAGGACAAGCGUCGCGAAGAGACAGCAAUCACUAUUACCACUCGCGCGACUUCAAGGAUAGGAAUUCCAAGGACCGCCCGAGAGACGCGGGCGACUCCGGCGAAGGUUCGAAGGACGCCAAUAAUCCUCGGAGGCAAUAGAUCGUCAAGUAUAAUCGUUGCCGAUUUGUAGAAAUCGCGGAUGACGACGGCGAGCUUUAGCCGCACGUUGUGAAGGCGCAUAAGGGGCAUCGGGGAUCGCGACACCAGUUACCGUAAGAGUUACCGAGUGAUCGAUGUUUUCUUGUACACAUUCUGGUGCUGAUUAAUCACGUCAGUUUCGUGCAUAUUGUAGCGCAUAUUGUAAUAGGAUAGCGACGAUGAACGAGCAUAAGCUGUACGAUUUUCGAUGGAACAAUGUCUAGUCUGUAUUAUCCAAUCUUACCCGUUAUAGGCUGCCAUAAAGAAGUAAUAGAGCUCGCGCUUUGUAGAUGGACGAUUGUCAACAGUGUUUAGCGAAAGACUACGAUAGACAAGGAGACCUUUUCCUUCCUAUGGACGACGGAUGAUACGACCAAUGAAUUCACCGAGUACUAGCUUUCCCGACUGACGUUUGAAUUUGGACGGACUCGAGCUUAAUACGCGUGCAGUAUUUGAAAGAAAAAAAAAAAGAAAUGCUGUCCAUGCAUAUACGUGUGCGUGUAUUGAAUUCUUUUCUCGACGAUGAAGUAUCGAAGAGGAGAUUCUAAGCGGAAUCUAGUCAUUUUCAUGUAUUCCAUUAUUGAAACGGCAAAUCGUUGAACGAUCUUGCUAUUAUUGAUAUUAUAUAUAUAGAUAUAGAAUACAUAUGUAUAUAUUCUUAUAUUUUUUAUUGGUUUUACGCAUCUCUAAUCUGUAUCGUUGACGUAUAUUUUUGGUUGCACAUACAACGUACAUCAUACUUCCAGAGAAGAUGCGCAUUACUUUGUUUCAUUUCGAUCUUCCGACGAGACGUUCCCGAUUGAAUUGUUUCAUAAAAACGUGAGAGAUGAUGGUUGCUCUUAAUUUUGUAAGUCUCAUUCGCCAUUAGCGAGUUUCUUUUCUAACCUUUUUUCCUCACAUAUUUUCGAUCAAACGACAUUCAAAGGCCGGAGCUUGUCUGCUUCAAUCAAGAAACUUUAUGAUUGUAUCUUUUUUCUACUUAUAUGUGAGACAAAUCCCUGAUCUUGAAGCAUAGCGACAACUCUACGUGGCAUUAUCAGACUUCUUCGUCUUAGGAAUUCGCAGAUACUCGACGAAGUAACGUGGGAGAGAAGUUUUCACGCUAUUAAUCACAGAUUACGAUAUAAAAUAUACAGGAAUACUUUAUAAUUAUAUAAAAUCUUGUACGCUUAAAUGGAUGAAUCAUUAAAAUCAUACGAUACCAUAUAAAAACUGUUAUGCAAUCUAUUUCUUUGAAAGACCUCUUUCGCGAAAUAUUAUAAUAAACGUUUAUUUAUGCAUC